AGAAACCGUUACCAUGGAGAGGAUCCUAGCUUGCACGACAGACAGCCUACAUAACCGCGCAGAAUGACACAGGGGGAGAAAAAGACAAGAAACAAGACACAAAACGAUAAACAGGACACCGAGGAAACGUGCGGAAACGCAGCAUUACCACAGCCAGCGGACUGGGGGAAAGAAAAAAGAAAGUUAGCGAGCAGUUCUGCUAGUUUAAAGGCACACUCAGCGGAUGUGGAAGACCACCAGAGCCUUCCUGUCAGUGAUGAGAGUGACAGUGAAGACAUCUAUAAACUUCCAACACUACUUAGCUUAGUUGUACAGAGAUAUGAAGGGGGGACAUGUGAAGGCCUGUUUCAUGGAGAAGGAGUCGCCUGUUUUGAAGGAGGCCAUGUGUACAAGGGGAUGUUUUCAAAGGGAUUUAUGGAUGGAUACGGUGUCUUCACACAGACUUGCGGAAUGAAAUAUGAGGGAGAAUUUGUGUGCAACAUCCCCAUGGGCCAGGGCACCUACAUCUGGCCAGGUGGCAGUUCCUAUAAGGGUGAAGUGUAUAAUGGUAUACAACAUGGGACUGGAACCUACAAAUGUGCAAAAACUGGCAUAUCCUACACAGGGCAGUGGGAUUGGGGCAAGAGGCACGGAAAGGGCACAGUGUAUUAUAAUCAGGAUAAGACCUCUUGGUACAAAGGAGACUGGGUGAAGAACAGCAGAGAGGGAUGGGGAGAGAGACGCUACCGCUCUGGUAACAUUUACUCUGGUGAGUGGAAGAACAACCAGAGACAUGGAGAGGGCACGAUGAGGUGGCUCAAACUGGGUGAGGAGUAUGUUGGAUUGUGGCAAAAUGGAGUUCAGGUAGGAGAGCUUGUGGAUGAUCAGAUGAUGACACACAACCUGAGUGGAAAUGGAGCUCCCAUCCCGCUGCGUAGUGCAGUUCCUCUGUUAGGCAGUGAUUCAUCUAUCUCAUCAGACAUGGCUCUAAGCAUUGAAUAUCUGCUAGAUGUAAUCCCUGAGAGAGAGCGUGACACCGAGCGCACAAAGGUGGAGUUUGCGGUGAUGAUGCGCGGCACAGAGCUGAGGUCCAUCUACAGUUUUUACAGCAGACUUGGCCAUGCCUGCUCCCCAGAUAACACUGCCUUGCUGACACGCCUGCAGUUCUGGCGCCUGCUCAAGGACUGUAACAUCCACCAUCACGGCAUCACUCUGACACAGAUUGACAGAUUUACCAGAGAGGAUGACACUGCAGCUGAGAUCCACUCUCCGUUCACCACUAUACUUCUUCAUAGGUUCCUCAGCUGUCUUGUGGUUGUGGCUUACCUCAUUUACCAUAAGGACAUGGUGUCACAAAAGCACCUUCUGGUUGCCUGCUUUUCCAAACUGAUGACAGACAACAUCCUUCCCAAUGCUAAGAAUGUAAAAGGCCUCCUGUUUAAGCUGCCAGACUGUGCCGUGGUGGCUGUGAACUAUUUGAAGAAGAGCUGGGAAGUCUACCAGGCCUACUGCAAAGUCAGUGCAGCCACCAGAGAUGAUCAGACCAUGACGUGCUCGCACCUGCUGUGGCUGUUUAAGGAUCUCCAUCUGCUGGACGAUAACCUGACCACUAUGAAAUUAAUAGAGAUCAUCACAGCAGAGAGCCGUGACCCCAGCAACCUGUCCUCCUGUCUGGAUUUGGAGAUCACAUUCCUGGAGUUUUUUGAAGUACUCCUGGGCUCCACUGAGGUGAAGUGUCAGCAGGUUUCUGUCAGCCAGGAGGGCCAAUCACUGCCCAGCCCCAAGGAUCUGCCUGAGGGGGAGGCCAGCGAGAAAAUCUUGCAGACCACAGACAGCCCUGCCCAGCCAGAGAAACCAAGUGACACAGCAGAAUUAUCCAGCACCCAUGACAUGGGGGGUCAACAAGAUGUCGAGGCUAAAGUCAAUGAGGAACCUCAGUCUGCAGAACAAACAGAAGAACCUCGAGGUGAAGGACAUGAGGUGCAAUCAAGACGGAUGGAGGAACUGGGGUUUUGGAUAAAGACCGUCCAUCAGUUCUUCAACCAUUUUUUCUUCCCAGCUUUUGAACAUUACCAUUUAGUGUCCAGAAAUAUGAAAGAAGAUAAGCUCUACCAGGAGACCCAUCGAUGCAUCACUCUGGUGAAGAACCAAUAAAGAGCCAGGUAGCACACUUAAGGCUUCAUUAUAUAGUCAAUGGCUCAGUCAAUGUAUGAGUUUAUAACACUCACAAGAUUUAACCAAGUACAAGAGUUGUGUAGUUCUCUAGUUGGCUCUGAUAAAAUGUAGGCAGAAUGAAUAGCUUAAUAUUACUGCAUUCCAAUGUGUUUGUGUCAACCACCAGAUGGCGCCCAUCACUCUCCCUCCAUGUAGCUUUUAAUUUCAGCUCUGCCCAUGAUUUGCCAUUAGACGUGUAUAGUAGUAAAUGUUCUGUUGUAUUGUGUUACAGGUAGAAUGAUGAUGCAGUAACGAACAGAUUGUUCUGUACCUCAGCUAUCCAAACAGUAUAAAAAAUAAACAAUGCCUUCAAAUACAA